AUGGCCCGCCGUCCGGACAAUCCUGCGACGCCCGCCAGCCCGCAAAAGACGUUAGCCAAGAACCCUGCUAGCAAGACGACCACUUUGCCAGCAAAGACGGUGGUCGAUAAACACGGAUUCGCGUCGUCCGUCGUCAUGCCCUAUCUACACGACUUGCUCCAGCAUCUGUCGGGAACACCCUGUCUUGUUGGACUUGAGGACUUGGAAAUGAGAUUCUUCCUCGAGCUUCCUGACCGCCACGAUCCGCAUCCCUCCUCGACCUCCUCCCCGGCUAAGAAUCUGGCCCAGAAACAAAACACAUUCGUACAGAAGUGGAACGAGGUUCUUGGCUCGUUUGUGGACCAUGCUUAUACGCGCGACUGGCUCAAAUCUAAAUUCAUGUUGAUCAAUGAUGGUAUGUCUUUUUCUUGUGUGUUACUUGUCCAAGGCGCUGCCAACGGGAUGGUUUCGAUGAUUGCGUACCAAGUGAGACGGACGGGCCAGCUGAAGUUCCCGGCGUUGAACCAAAGUGCGCUGUUCCCGACGCGUACAUCAAGGAGCAAGCCGGAGGGAGCGAAGCCGAUUAUCAUGCGAAGCAGGACGGUAGCCUCGACGACUUUGUGGGCAGACGCGCUGAGCCUCGCCGAAUCCUCCGUCCUCAUCGCCUGGGAACACCUCUCUUCCACCCACCACAACGGGAUCUUCAACCUCGAGAUGGCCUGGGAUCUUUAUCGCCAACACCUCAAACGUCUCUCUUUCGCCCUCGACUCGGACCCCCUCGGUAACGACAACCGGACCAACGACCAGCUCAGACCCGCCGUCGUUCGCUCUCAAGUCUAUGGCAGAGACGCGUUUGAAUUAGCAUGGGAGAGAUUGCAUAGAUUGGAGCUGAUCUUGCCGGUUGGGAUCCUGAACUCCAGAGCCGCCGCCCUAUGA